GUCUUAAACUCACACACAGACACAGAGAGAGAGAGAGAGAGAGAUUCUGAAACAAGGUGGUAAUGGAAAUUGGGAGUGUUUAGAAUUAUUUAUAUGAUAAUUUGAGAAAAAUAUAAUUAUCGUCGCCAUAUAUAAAAGGAAGGGGAGGUUCUGCUUUUAGGGUAUUGGGGUUGGGUUAGUGAGGAAAGUACUGAUAUUGUUGUACAGAGAGAGAGAGAGAGGAGAAGAGAGAGAGAGAGAAAGUGGGGAGGGGAGAGUAGAGCUGAAGAGGAUAGAGAACAAGAUCAACAGGCAGGUGACCUUUGCAAAGAGAAGGAACGGACUAUUGAAGAAAGCCUACGAGCUUUCCGUUCUUUGCGAUGCCGAGGUUGCUCUCAUCAUCUUCUCCAAUAGAGGAAAGCUGUACGAGUUUUGCAGUAGUUCAAGCAUGCUCAAAACACUGGAGAGGUACCAGAAGUGCAACUAUGGAGCACCAGAGACAAAUGUAUCUACAAGGGAGGCCUUGGAAUUGAGUAGCCAACAGGAGUAUUUGAAGCUCAAGGCACGUUAUGAAGCCCUACAAAGAAACCAAAGGAAUCUUCUUGGAGAAGAUCUUGGCCCUUUGAGCAGCAAGGAGCUCGAAUCACUUGAAAGGCAGCUGGAUAUGUCACUGAAGCAGAUCAGAUCAACACGGACCCAAUGCAUGCUGGAUCAGCUCACAGAUCUUCAGCGAAAGGAACACUUGCUUAACGAGGCAAACAGGACACUGAAACAAAGGUUGUUUGAGGGAUACCAUCAUCAACUCCAACUGAAUGCAAAUGCUGAGGAAGUGGCAUAUGGCCGGCAAGAAGCUCAUCAGCCUCAGGGCGAUGGCUUCUUCCAAGCCUUAGAGUGCGAGCCCACAUUACAAAUUGGGUAUCACCAGAAUGAUCCGAUUCAAGUCGUGACGGCCGGGCCGAGCGUGAAUUACAUGGGAGGAUGGUUGCCAUGAUAAGGACUAAUAAUAAGAACACAGCGAGCAGCAAGCAACUGUGUAUGGUGAAAAGCCAUGCAUGCAUGCACGCUAUGAUGUAUGUAUGCAGCUGUAUGAUUUAUAUGUUUGUUUCAUUGUGUUUUCAUUUCUGUUCUGAGCAAAACAAAACGAUCAUCCAAUUUGUAAUAGUAUGGACUUAUAAGUAACUCUGAACAUUAGAGUUGUGAGUGUUUCUUUUAGCUUGGCGAGCUUGCUUAGCAAAAUUAAUAAGUACUAGUACCCCCUUUGCAUAUACAGUGUAAAAACUUUGCUGUCUGGUCCAUUUGAGGCAAGCUUUGGUACUAAUAAUAUGUUAUAACAUGC